AUGUGUGAAGUUGUCCUGGAAAGUAUUCCAUUCCACAGUUCUUUUGAUAUUGAGGUAUUCAUUGUAAAUUCGGUACAAGCACAAACUUUAGGUGAAAACAUUGCUGAUAAUGGAGGUCUGAAAGCGGCUUACCACGCCUUUUUGAAAUCUGAAGCAACCAAGGAUGCCGAUAUAUUGAAGUUACCUGGAUUAAACCUGACGCACAAACAACUAUUUUUCGUAUCAUUCGCGCAAGUAUGGUGUUCCAGUACUACCAAUGAGACGAGUAUUUUGCAAAUGGAAAAGGAUGCUCAUGCGCCGUCGCCAUAUCGCGUCAUUGGAACACUUUCGAAUACUUUCGAAUUUGCUGAUGCCUUUAAUUGUAAAGAGAAUAGCAAAAUGAACCAAAAUAAAAAAUGU